AUGUCUAAUAACAACAAUGAUUUUGGGAACCCUCUGAAAAAGUUCAAAUUGGUGUUUCUCGGCGAACAAAGUGUGGGAAAGACAUCGCUCAUUACUCGGUUCAUGUAUGAUACAUUUGACAAUACGUAUCAGGCAACUAUAGGUAUCGAUUUCUUGUCAAAAACCAUGUAUCUCGAUGACCGAACUAUCCGCCUUCAGCUAUGGGAUACUGCUGGACAGGAAAGAUUUCGUUCUCUGAUCCCAAGUUAUAUUCGAGAUUCCUCUGUAUGUGUUGUUGUUUAUGAUAUUACCAAUCGAAAUUCGUUUUUAAAUACUUCCAAAUGGAUUGAUGAUGUGAGGGCUGAGAGAGGAACUGACGUGAUCAUUGUGCUGGUAGGAAACAAGACUGAUUUGAACGAUAAAAGACAAGUGACAGUGGAUGAAGGAGAGAAGAAGGCAAAGGAAUACAACAUCAUGUUCAUAGAAACUAGUGCAAAGGCCGGAUACAAUGUAAAGGCACUGUUUAGGAAAAUUGGGCAUGCAUUACCAGGAAUGGAGAGCCAGUCUGAAGAUGGUCAACGAGAGACGUUGACCAAGGUGGAUUUGACGGAUACAUCAGCUAGAAAAGAGGAAGUGAGCUCAUGUGCAUGUUAA